UCGGCCAUGUUUCAACAUCAAUUCAGACAUCAUUCCGCCAAAUCACAUUUUUAGGAACUUUGAUAUAAACUUGUUUUGCUGAUUUUUGGACCACUGAAAAUGGAUUGUGAAAAUAAAUCUCAGGAUUCAUCUACAGACCCCGAGUUGGACGAGUUAUUAAACAGUGCUCUAGCAGAUUUUGAUAAGACUCAACCAUCACAAAUACGAAAAGAAACGGAUUCUACAAUAAUAGCUUCACAAGCAAAGGAGCAAACAUCGGAAGAAGUUACGUCUGAUGGGGCAUGGUCUACAGAUUUUAUAAAACAGACAGCAGAACAGUUUGAGAAAAAUUUCGAAAACUUAAUUCAAAAUGGAUCUGGUCUUGAUUUGGAAGAAUCUUUCCAAAAAAUGGCACACACAGUUGCGAGUGCAAUAUCUUCAAAUCCAGUGAAUGAUAAUGAUGAAGAUGGAUCUGAUUUUCAAGCAGCAAUUGCACAGACUUUGAAAGACUUAUCUGCAACAUCAGAAAAUUUAAAAAAUAGUGAACCAAUGAUAUCUGAAGAAGAAAUUGCUGCCAUGUUUGCCAAAACAUCUUUUGAUGACUCCAGUAAUGAUUUCUUUCCUUUUAUGCAAGGAAUGAUGCAAUCAUUAUUAUCAAAGGAAGUUUUAUAUCCUUCAUUAAAAGACUUGGUUGAUAAAUAUCCAUCUUGGCUUGAUGGAAAACGUAGUACUCUUCCUCAAAAAGAAUUAGACAGAUUUACUAAACAACUUGAUCUUAUGCAGAAAGUAUGUAGAGAAUUGGAAAACGAAAAAGAUGAUGAUGGUGAAGAUGUUAAAAAACAAAGAUUUGAUAAAGUGUUAUCACUAAUGCACGACAUGCAAAGUUGUGGUCAACCGCCUGAUGAAUUAAUAGGAGACCAAGCUGGAAAUUUACAAUUUGAUCCUGAUGGAAAUCCAAUCUUACCGCCUAAUAUGAAUUUACAAAAUUGUAAUAUAAUGUGAUGUAACGUUAGGUUUAAAAAGGGUAUAAGUAAUUUUUUUUUUUAUAAUAAUUGUAUAUAAAAUUAUUGUUUAAUUGAAACAAUUAAAAUAAUAGGAUUCAUGUUAAUUACA